UCGGCGGGGCUCGCGCGGCUGCUGCGUUCGGAGGCGAGUUUGUCAACAAUCGCCUCGCCUUUGGCGGCCUGACCCGUAGGCGCCGCCCCCGGCGCGGCCGGCGAUUGGCUGCGGCGGGGAGCGACCGCGAGCGGGCCAAUUGGGAGCGCGGGCACCCGGCGCCAGCGGCGCGGGGAGGUCGGCGGUGCCGGCGGCGGCGGGCGCAGUGCGCGAGGGGAGGAGCGGGAGGAGGCGGAGGAUGUUCCCGGCGGCGGCGGCGGCGGCAGCGGCGGCGGCGGCGGCCGGGGCAGCGCGGGCCAGAGGCAGGGCUCACAGAGCCCUCGGCUGCCCGGCGGAGCGCGGCGGCGGGCGGACGGCCACUUGCAGUCUCUGCGCGGCGCCAGGUGCUCGGGAGGCGAGUCCCCAGCUUUGUCUCCCGCGCUGCCUUCGUGGUCACGCUCAGGGGACUCCGGGUCGGCGAAGGGCGCGGGCCGGGCGCCGCGGGACCCGGGCCCGGACUCGACGCUCGGAAGGGAAGGGACGGAUAAAAAAAGACCAAAUGGCAAAGCAACCUUCCGAUGUAAGUUCUGAGUGUGACAGAGAAGGGGGACAGUUGCAGCCUGCUGAGAGGCCCCCCCAGCUCAGGCCUGGGGCCCCGACCUCUCUCCAGACAGAGCCGCAAGACAGGAGCCCGGCACCCAUGAGUUGUGACAAGUCAACGCAAACCCCAAGCCCUCCUUGCCAGGCCUUCAACCAUUAUCUGAGUGCAAUGGCUUCCAUGAGGCAGUCUCAGGCUGUACCUGCAGAUAUGCGCCCGGAGAUAUGGAUUGCACAAGAGUUGCGGCGUAUUGGAGACGAGUUUAAUGCUUAUUACCCACGGAGGGUCUUUCUGAAUAAUUACCAAGCAGCCGAGGCCCAUCCCCACGUGGUUCUUUUACGACUGUUGCGUUACAUCAUCCGCCUGGUGCGGAGAAUGCAGUGACAGAGGGCUUCCUGCAGAGCCGCGAUGGGUGCAGACACUUCACUUGUUCCCACCUAUGAGCCCCUGCACGGUCUCUCGGUGCGGUGCUGCCUGUCCAGAGAGAAGGCAGAGCGAGAGAAUGGCCGCCAGCUCCCCCGCAGACUCGCAGCUGCCUGUGGACCUGGCCACACGCUCAUCACCACCCGGCAGGAUUUUGGAUGGAAGCUUGUUGUGAAUGUAAAUGAGGGAAGGAUUCAAAAAAAAAAAAAUGUACAAACCAUGGUUCUUUGGAGCAGGAUUUUAUGCAAGAGUGGUGUUUACAUGCAGUGUGGGUUUUUUUUUUUUUCCAACCUCCUUUAAUAACAGGUUUUUCAGAAAGGAAAUGGAAACUUUUUAAACCAACUUGUGAAUGAUUUUUGUACUAAAAUUUUUAAAGAACCUGUUGCCUACUCUCAGAGGAUGAUGUAAACUCUGUAGUGAAAACUGAGCCAGCUAAUUUAUAAAGCUGCCUUGGUUGAUUUUUAGGAAUCACUGUACAGAUUUUUUUAAAAACAAAAACAAAAAACGGGAGAGUUGUGAUAUGGCUCCUCCCCUCCCAUUGACUCUAACCUUUAAAAAAAAAAAUCAUUAUUAAUACCAAAAAAGUCCUUAGGGAAUAGAACUGAUUGAGGGGCAAAGGGUCUGUUACCCUGUAUUGAUAAGCCACUCCUGUUUUGUAAAUAUUUACUUACCUCCUUAAAUCCAUUAGCAUCUGUGGCAAAGUUGCAGACUCUCUUCUCAGUGAGUUUUUUCUUCUCCAGCCCGUUUGGAAGCCACGAUGCUCAGAUCCAGUGCACCAUCGUCUCGCCCUGAAAGGUGACUGGACAGGGACGUGGGCUUUGCUUCUGGCUCUGUUGCCCUCAGCCGGUAUUUGCUGGUAGCUCAGUGGUACAGGUUUUCAUUUGGUCUGCAGGGGCUUGUCCUCUAGAUGUCUUCUGAAGAGGAAAAAGCAGGAAUAACACCAAGUAGGAGGCCCCUUUGCACUGGGUGUUCUGGUUUCACGGGCUAUGCUCCGGGCCAGAGGACCCUGUUGGUCACCAGGCCAUUUAUCGCCGAGCUUGGGCUUGGGCAUCUGAGCUUGAGCCCUCAUCCACAGCCCUGGCUGUGGCGGGGCUCUAGACAGCUGUUUCCUGGGCUGUCCUGGCUGUUCCCCCAGCCAGUGGUGCGGGGCACUUGGCUCCUUCUCCCCUGCAGCCCCUUUGCAGCCUCAGCCUCGUUCUGCUUUCAGCCUCACCAUUAGAUGCUUGAUUGGGCACUAGUCCGAAAUGGCUCCUCAAGCUUCAAGAUGUGUCUUAGGUUGUUCCGUUUCCCUCUGGGUUGGAACAGUUGGGUUUUGUCCUGGGGUUACCCCCCACCCCACCCCCACCCUGGUAUAGGGGCAUGUGCUCAUCCUCCACGCCUCCCCCCUUAGGAUUGCAGCCACCAGUUGGUCCGUCAUUUCAAAGGCAAUGAGACAUCCAAGGGAGACUCAAAGGAGCAUAUCAGGGCACGGGGAGAGGGGAGGGGAAGCCAUUCUGUGAACCCUGCAACUUGCCGUUUUCAAACCUCAGCUCAUCAGUCCACUUUUUCUAAAAGAAAUACAUGAGUUUUUUGAGCAGGUCAGCAGUGCCAACAACUAUUGUGUUUGCUUUUGGCCCACCGUGGACCAGUGUUGUCUCAUUAAAUUAAUGGAAACAUCCAUUUAUUUGAAUCUUCAUGAUUUUAUAUAAGUAUAUAUAUAUAUACAUAUAUGUAUAUUGCAUAUACACUUUUUUUCCUCUAGAUGUAUUGAGAUAUUUGAUUCCAAAUAUUUUUUUCCUUUUUCCAAACAUUCUCCCCUGCCCCACAAAUACCUUCUUGGAGUCUUGAAUAUUUUUAAAGCUCCAUUGAGUCUCCGCUUAUGUUCCCAAUGUAUCUUGAACCCCCAAGAGGUGUGGGGGUCAGACAGUCUGCGCACCUGUUGGGUGGUGGUAGAGCUAGAGCGGCAGCCAUGGACUUGCUGGACAUGAACACACACACACACACACACACACACACACACACACACCACACACACACACACACACACUCACACACACCAAAGAUGUAUUUGGUUCUGGGCCCCUCCCCUCCCAGAAUCCCCAUCCUCAUGUACCCAGUCUCUCCGACUGGAGCACUUUACUCUGCUUCUUUAAUACUGCGGCUCCCAGGCCGUGGAAGCAGCUGGUCAGGAAAGACAAGAUGGGACUGUAGAAGUAUUAGAGGAGAUGAGAUUGUCGAAGCUGCACCAGGACUGAGAGAUAACUGGAUGUCUCUGUACUGUAUGUGUCUGUUGACCCCCACGCCUUCCUGCAGAGCAUGCCCGUGGCGGUGUGCCUUCCACUUUUGAUCUUGUUCGUGUUUUUGUAGACGAAACUAACUAGAUCCCUUUUUGAAAAUGUCAUGCGGGUUUGUGCCUUGGACCACCUCUUCUCACAUGAGGUUUGUUGAAAGUGUCCUGUGUCUUAUCACAGAAAUGCAAUAAACUCAAACGAAGAAACUGCAUGAAUGAUUCUUCCAAUGACCAGUCCUCCUGACCAGAAAAUGAAUUUAUGAAGAAACUUUUGUUUGGGUUGUAGGGAAAUCUGGUUAAAAAAGUAUAUUUCCUUCCGAAUUGAAAAAAAAAAAAAUGUACCUGGUAGAUUAUACAGUUUUCUCUCCUGUCCUUUCUUCUGAGUGUUGUAUAUAUUUUGACUAUUUAUUAGAUUAGGUCAUAUUUUACUUAUCAACUGAGCCAAAUGUCUGUGUGCAAUUGUGUUUCCUUUACCUUUCUUGUAAAAUUUUGUACAGCAUAAAUGAGUAAAAAAAAAAAAAUCACUGUUUUUCUAAACUUUUUCAGAAUCGAGGAUUGUAAAUAUUGUAGAUUUUUUUUUUUAGUGUAAUGUGCCCUACUGUUUCAUAAUGCUGUAACUUGCAGAAAUAUUGUAUAUUUAUUUCCUGCUUAUUUAAUGUCUUAAGUUCUGGAAAGUGUUGACACCCAGCCUGUGGUCCUGUUAAUCACUUUUCCUCUGAGGUGGUGACUGGUCUAUUCCCCCACAGGGUCAUUUUCUGGUCAAAUGGGUUUAAAUUCUUGGGCUCUGGUGUCCUUAAGAUGAAGCUUGUGUUUGGGAACCAGUGAGAAACUCAGUCUGGCAACCUACAAAAUUUGACUCCAAGAAAAAGCCAGUGACUUUCUAUUUGUUCCAAAGCAGCUAAGCUUCUUGUAGAGGUGAAAGCUGUUCACUGCAGACCACAACAAAAAUGUAUCAUUGGUGACUUGGGGAAGGUUUUCCCCUGAAAAGUUACCCAUGACAGCUCUGUGUUGAGAGAAAUGAAAAGGGGCCCUUUCUGGAGGUGCUACAAGUGGGAAGAUGGGGGGCAGGGGCUGCUCUUACCUGGGGAACACCAGCAGGAAGACCUCAUACCACUAAUCGCGUGAGGAAUUGUCCUUCCGCCACUGGUUACAGCUUCCUGUGUUGGAGGCACACGGACGUCUGCAGACGCUGCCUGUCUGGCCCCCGCAGCCCCAAGCCAUUUGCUCCUUGUCCUGUCAGCUUGCUUCUAAAAGGUUAUUGGCUUCUCCAUCGCCUUUGAGAGAGGUCAUGGGGGGCCCCCACUGAACUGGGUGUGAAGAUGUGAAAGAUCUUGGAAGCUUUAGCCAAGACUUCCUAGUGGUUCCCUGGACGUGGUUCUGUCAUCUCUGCUGAUUUAGCCUGGUGCCUAUGUGUGCCUGCUCUGUGGCCACAUGUGACGCUAAACCAGUUGGGGUGACGCCUGCUUCACUUGAGAAGCGUUGUGGCCUAUAGGAAGCCGCUUCAGCUCCCAGCUAAGUAACUUGACUACUUUUUUUUUUGGGAAUUUCAGACUUUUAGACGCUCACCAACGUUUUAUGUCCAGGUUCUGUGACCACUAGUUACUGUAUCAGAACUCAUCAGGUACACGUUUAUAAAUAGCACUGAUCUGUCUUUGUAUACUGAUUCAUCACUAACUUGUUUCCUAGGACCCAGCAUAUGUAGCAUUUUGUAUUGCAAUUUCCCUGGCUUACUUGUGUUUUGCACUGAUGAAAUUUGACAGGGUAAUUGCCACUUUACUUGUGCAAUACUGCUGUACAUAACUGCAGAUUUUUUUUAAGAAAUUUGAUCUUUUAUGUUCUUAAUGAAUUUUAUAUAAAUAAAACUUUCGACUAGUG